AAAAAAUGUUUCAGAGUGAGUGCUAAAGAGAACUUUGUGUUGACCCCUCUCUUUCCCUCCUAAUUCCUUAGGGUUCCUCGAAUUUCUUUUUCACCGAAACACAACCUUCUCUCUCUCUCUAUCUUUCUCUGUACGUUUUAUUCACUUUCCUCCACGUGGAUUUUGCAUAAAAGCAUGAAAAUUUGUUGAUGGGUUUCUCUUCUACAUCCAGAUUCUAGCUUCCAAUUCCGUAAAAAAACCCUAAUUUUUCGAAGUUACUCUGAUCUGUGUAGAAGAAUUAGGGAGUGAAGUGUCCGCAAGAGUUUGGCAAUGUCGGAUGACAUGGUGAUGCAUUUCUCCUCGAAUUCUUCCAAUCAGUCGGAUCACUCUUUGCCCGACAAAAUCGCCAAGCUUGAGGCCCGCUUGACUGGUAAGACCCCUUCCUCGGCGAAGCCACCACAACUGCAGCAGCACCAGCAGGUCUCUGUCUGGUCAUCUGCUUCUUCUACCGCUGUCAAAGUCGUGACUUCCACACCCCCUGGAUUGUCGGAAACCUCUAUCAGUGAUUCCGAUGACGAGAAUACUGGAGAUUUCCUAAUCCGAGCGAAUACCAAAAAGCGCCAGAAAGUUCAAGAGUCUAGCAACUUCAGUGUUGUUGAUCAUGUUGAGCCCCAAGAGGCAGCAUAUGAUGGAAGGAAAAAUGAUGCUGAGUCCAAGACAGGCCUUGAUGUAAGUAAGAAGAAACAAGGUCGAGGUCGGGCUUCGUCAACUGGUAGAGGGCGUGGUUCUAAAACUAAUAACGAUGUGACAAAAUCUCAGUUUUUGGUUGCACCAGUAUCAGCUGCAAGUCAACUGGAUGUCUCUGAUCAAAAGGAUUUUAGGCCUAAUGGACAGCUCAGGAAUGGUGAAUGCUCUCUCCAGGAUGAAGAAUUGACAUCUUUGCGUGCAAAAAUCGCUGUGCUGGAGGAGGAAUUGCGUAAAUCUCGACAAGAUUCUUCUGAGUAUCACCACCUUGUCAGGAAGCUUGAGAAUGAGGUAAAAGAUGUGAAAGAUCAGGAACUACAAGGGAAGCAAAAGACAACUAAAGUAAUCUCUGACCUUCUCAUAUCUGUUUCCAAAACUGAGAGACAAGAAGCAAGAACGAAAGUCAGACAUGAAUCUUUGCGAUUAGGCAGUGUUGGUGUUCUCAGGACAGGAACGAUCAUAGCUGAGACAUGGGAGGACGGACAAAUGUUGAAAGAUCUGAAUGCUCAACUUAGACAACUGCUGGAAACCAAGGAGGCUAUUGAGAGACAAAGAAAGUUUCUUAAGAAACGACAAAAUGGUGAUAAGAAUGACGGAACUGACACAGAAUCAGGAGCACAGGAGGAAGAUAUCAUCCCUGACGAGGUUUACAAGUCUCGUCUUGCUAGUAUCAAGCGGGAAGAGGAAGUAAUUUUGCGUGAGAGAGAAAGGUACACAUUGGAGAAGGGGCUGCUUAUGAGGGAGAUGAAACGCAUACGAGAUGAAGAUGGUUCUCGUUUCAACAAUUUCCCAGUUUUGAAUAGCCGAUAUGCUCUUCUAAAUCUUCUUGGUAAAGGCGGAUUUAGUGAAGUCUAUAAGGCAUAUGAUUUGGUGGACCAUAGAUAUGUUGCGUGCAAGCUUCAUGGUUUAAAUGCUCAGUGGAGUGAAGAAAAGAAGCAAAGUUACAUCCGCCAUGCCAACAGGGAAUGUGAGAUCCAUAAAAGUCUUGUGCAUCACCACAUUGUUCGGCUUUGGGAUAAAUUUCAUAUCGACAUGCAUACAUUCUGCACCGUUCUGGAAUACUGUAGUGGAAAAGACCUUGAUGCUGUUUUAAAGGCAACACCUAAUCUUCCUGAGAAAGAAGCGAGGAUUAUUAUUGUGCAAAUAGUUCAAGGCCUUGUAUAUCUGAACAAAAAGUCACAGAAGAUUAUCCACUAUGAUCUGAAGCCUGGUAAUGUUCUCUUUGAUGAGUUUGGAGUAGCAAAAGUGACUGAUUUUGGUCUAAGCAAGAUAGUGGAGGACAAUGUUGGUUCUCAAGGAAUGGAGCUUACAUCACAGGGAGCUGGAACAUACUGGUACUUGCCCCCAGAAUGCUUUGAGCUUAACAAAACUCCUAUGAUCUCAUCAAAGGUCGAUGUAUGGUCAGUUGGUGUUCUGUUUUACCAAAUGCUAUUUGGAAAGCGACCUUUUGGACAUGACCAAAGCCAAGAACGGAUACUACGAGAAGACACAAUCAUUAAAGCCAAAAAGGUUGAGUUCCCAGUAACAAGACCUGCCAUCUCAAAUGAAGCGAAGGAAUUGAUUCGACGGUGUCUAACAUAUAACCAGGCAGAUAGGCCGGAUGUUCUAACAAUGGCACAGGAUCCAUAUCUUUCCUACUCUAAGAAAUGAGAGUGUGUAGUCUUCACAAACAAACCAGAGAUACUAAAGGACCAGAUCCUAGAAUUCUUUUUGGUAUAGAUUACAAAGUUUCUGUUUUGUUUGUCUAAAUAUUUUAUCUCCUUUUAGGGUGAAUUUAAUUUGUCUGUCUUCCUUUUAUUAUGUAACAUGUUAUGUAUAUUCUUCAUGUUUUAUAAUAGAAGAAAGCUGAAAGUUGGAA